GGGACGCAAGAAUGAUUUCAUUCCCAAAGAACCGAUGAUAAGUCAAGACAUCAAGAAAAAACACCCUAACUCCCUUCGUUGCCACAAAGGCUUGGCUCUUCGACUGCUCGGCAAGAUAGUCGACAAUGCCGACGAGCUCAUCAACCAAAUCGAAGCAACCUUAUCUAGCGAAGACACGAGGGGCGUUAGAGCAUUUUGGAGUGCAAACCAGCAACUGAUGAUUGGGAUCGAGCGAGAAGGGACAGAUGACUGGAUCUUUCUAUCACUGCUACCGUGAUCUCACGGAUCAUCUCCCAAUGCAGAAGGUUAGAGAGCUAGAGGACGCGGACCAUACACGAUUCUUCUUCAGCGUCAACGCAUGCACGAAACAAGGGACCUGCUUAAAAUGCUCAAACAUCGGAUGUAUGCUCCCCUUGGCUGACUCAAGCGACGAGACCAUCGGAGGGGGAGGGAUUACCCCGUACGCCUGAGGGGGUGCAGCUUUCAAGGAGACAACAACAGGAAAUCACCAGACCCCUGGCACCGGGAGAGAUUGAUGUCUGGCUCGCCUCGGCGCCGAGACGAAAGGCUGCAGGACUUGACCUCAUUUCGAACGAAGUGCUGCGGGCGCUGCCACCAGCAUGCCGAGAGGAAGUUGGUAAGUUAGUCAAUGCAGCCCUAGAAGGCAAAGCUGAGGUUCUCAACAAGACAGCGAGAGUACGCCUCCUGCCAAAAAAUCAAUUCUGUCACAUUCUCGAAAACAUGCGGC